UCCUCAGCAGAACAUUGUAUUAUAACAAGAUGAUCAAUGUUAUUCACUUCAGCUGUCAGUGGUUUUAAUAUUAUGGCUGUAGGUUUAAUGUAGGUUGUUUGUGUACCCUCUGACACAACCACAGGAGCACUGCACCCCUACUGAUGGCAUUGUACACACCACAAAUAAACUGCUAUAAACCAGUGCUUCAAAAUAAUUAACCAGUUCUUUCAUCAUGUGAAUACAUCGCUGUUUCAGCUGUUUCCCCAUCAUGUGAACUGACUAUGCCACAGUUUCUUCAGUCUGUUUUCUGGGUCCCUAGAUUCACCUCAUUUAUGAGUUCACUUGUACAUCAUUUACAACAGCAUGUUUCAAAUCAUAGCUUCAGGGUUCACUCUUUCCAUAGAGUAUCAUUCAAAUUAAAUGAGCUAGUGUAUCAUAUGCAGUAUGUAAACACACAUGUACACAGUAUAUAACUAUUAAAACAAGCAAAAGAAGAUGGAACACAUAUGGUAACUAGGUUUGUCAUAAUCAUUAAACACACUCAGCAUAAUGUGUGUCAGUGGGAUUUAAAAGUGAAAAAACGGGGGUUUGUUUGGCUCAUGAUGCUACUGGAGGUCACUGUCCUGCAGUCCUGCUCUCCACCACAUCUCAGUGCUCACGCUGCUGGUCCCAUAUGCGGUCCAAUACUGCAGCCUCUCUGACAGGCAGCGCGCUUCCAAAUUUACCCUCCCGCUGCGCUCGCUCCCUGUACCUUAAAAAAGCGCGUGCACGGCUGAAGGUCACUUAAACACAAAAGGCUUUCAGCGCUGCGGUCCAAUAUAGCGCAUGCGCGCUGCCGGAGGACUGCUUCACAGACUGCAAUAUGGCGAGAAUGCCUGCCAGCGGAGACACAGAGCAGGAGCAGAUGAGCUGCCCCGAGAGGAGCAGGGAUGAGGAUGACGAGGAGGAAGAUGAAGAUGAGAUCCAGGAGGUCCAGAUCACCGGGGAGGAGGAGGAGGACGAGGAGUCCGACAGAGAUGGUGUGGAGCUGGAGUGGGAGUCGGGAAGCACAGUGCUGGACUCCAGCGGUUCCGCCGCGGAAACACAAGCGGUCGUUAUGCGGAGUAUGGACCGAGGAGAGGAGGAGGGAGAGGCGGACCCUCUCAGCGGCAGCAUCCCCGCUGGGCUGGAGUCUCACCUGGAGGGAGACCUUCAGCGGUCAGAGCGGAACAAGCUGAGCGAGAACACCCGCCUGGCCACCCGGUAUGCGGUGAGGAUUUUCAGGGAGUACCUCAGCGAGAAAGCCCAAAGUCCACACUUUGAAACUCUAGACAAGGAGGCGCUCUGCGCGGUGCUGCGCUCCUUUUACGCGGAGGCGCGCUCCAAAAGUGGACAGUUGUACAGUAAGUCGUCCCUCAUCAGUAUCCGGAGCUCACUGAACCGGUACCUAAACGAGCCGCCCUACUGCCGCACCUUGGACCUCACCAAGGACCCCGAGCUGCGCAGCGCCAACCUGACCCUGGCCGCGGUCAUACGAAGGCUCGAGGAGCAAGGCGCCGGUCCCGUGGUGCAGAAACAAGCCAUCACGCGUUCGGACCUGCGGAAACUGUACGAGUCCUCCGUGUUCAACACCGACACACCGUUUGGGCUGCUCAACAAAGUCUGGUUCGAGACGUGUAUGUAUUUUUGCACCAGGGGCCGAGAGAACCAGCGGGAGUUGGAGGAGGACUCGUUCGGCCUGGCCGUUGAUGAGGACGGGAGAAAGUUUGUGUAUUUCAAAGCUCUCGGACCGUACCACAAGUCCCGCUCCGCCGCCUGGACCAAGAAGCGUCCGGACUCAGACGAGGACACGUUACCGCGGAUGUACGAGACGGGCACGGAGCAGUGUCCAUACGCCAGCUUCGUCCGGUACGUGUCCAAACGGAACCCGCUGUGCAGAGCGUUCUUCCAGCGGCCCCGGGACCACUGCUGCGCGAGCGACGUGACGUGGUACGAGAACAAAGCCAUCGGUAAGAACCUGUUGGGCACGAGGAUGCAGAUGCUGUCGCGCGCUGCUAAGCUCUCCAAGACCUAUACCAACCACUGCAUCGGCGCCGUCUCCAUAGCAACGCUAAACAGCAUCGUGGGCGCCGCGGGCUCCAGGCCAACGACGACGCUUUAUGUUGCCUCGGAAACGGUCAACGGUCACGCGCAGCCCCACCUCCAGCUCGUGAUCCCGUACCUCCGCCGGGUCACGGACUCUGCGGACGUGAAGCCGCAGCGGACAACGACAGCAGUAACCACACAGCCAACGACGGCAGCGAGGAGAGUGAGCGCCGAGGAGGACCCGGAGGCUCCGUCCACCAAGAAGCUGUGUGUGCGCCCCGGGACACGCGCCGAGUCGCCCGUGGAGCGGAACGAGAGCGAGUCUGCGCCCGCGAGAGCUACGGAGUCCCAUAUUCAUACACAACCCGUCGUCCGGUUCCCGGUCGCUGUGGCCACACAGGACAGCCCCAGCAGCAGCAGCAGCAGCAGCAUGUCGAGUCAGCAGCUGGUGUCUGCAUCUCCUGUGUCUCCUCCGAGCUCUGCUGGCAUCCCCACACCAGCCCAGCUCACCAAAACCAAUGCACCCGUCCACAUCGAUGUGGGAGGACACAUGUACACCAGCAGCCUGGCCACCCUCACCAAGUAUCCUGAGUCACGGAUCGGUCGUCUGUUUGAUGGAACAGAACCCAUAGUGUUGGACAGUCUAAAGCAGCACUACUUCAUCGAUCGAGAUGGCCACAUGUUCCGUUAUAUACUUAACUUCCUCCGAACCUCAAAACUCCUCAUCCCUGAUGACUUCAAAGAAUACUCCCUGCUUUACGAAGAGGCCAGUUUCUUCCAACUGGCUCCUCUGCAGGCAGAGCUGGAACGCUGGAGGACUGAGCAGGAAUGCAGGAGUGUGUGUCGGGAGUGUGAGUGUGUCAUGGUUCAUGUGGCUCCGGAGCUCGGAGAGAGGAUCAGCCUGAGCGCCCACCGGUCCAUGAUUGAGGAGGUUUUCCCUGAGGUCAGAGACAUCAUGUCCAAUUCCCUGAACAGCAGCUGCAACCAGGACUCCACACAUGUCAUUCGCUUCCCGCUCAAUGGCUACUGCCACCUCAACUCUGUGCAGGUGUUGGAACGGUUACAGCAGAGAGGGUUCUGGAUCACAGGUUCAUGUGGCGGCGGAGUGGACUCUUCUCAGUUUAGUGAAUACAUUCUACGAAGGGAGGGCCGAGGCAGCGGACACCCCCCCACCCUCACACGAAUCAAACAGGAACUUGUGGACUGAGGUGGAGGAAAUCAACAAAGUCUAACACAUGUCAGCAGCUGCUCUGUGCAUGUGGACACAUCUGUCAGACAGAGAACAGCUUCACUUCAGCAUGAACAGAGUCAACACAGUGACUGGACACGAGCACAGAAGCUCUUAUGCUUACACAAGAUGAUACUUUUGAUACUUUACCUGCAGUUGCCACAUUCAUGUCAGCCAGCAGUAUGAUUACAGUAAAAUCAUAGAUCCAACAGAGCAGGGAGGGGGACCGUGGGAUCAUGGGAAAUGUUAAUCUAGAGAUACACAUGAGGUCAGUAUUUAGGACUGUGCAGUAUGAAUAUGAAUCUUUAUCAUGGUCCAUGUCUUCAGGGCAGUUUUUGACCAUCGCUGAAAGACCCACCGGUCUACUUUUAUGGGUCCAUCUCUGCAGAGAGCUAACACUGCACUGAACACCUGAUACUGAGAGGAGACGACAGGUUGACUCUCUACUGGGGGUUACACUCACUGUAACAUCAUCAGUCUGCUCAGAUCAUUCAUAAAAAUACAGAUACCAUGUGUGCAAGUGUACUCUCAUGUAGUAGUCAGGUCACAGGUUAAACUGAAGGCUCUAAAACAACAGCUACCAAACGCCUCACUGUGCUCCAAGAAAACACAACAUGAGCACACAACAGCAAAUAAAUGUUGGAUCAUAAAACAUAGUCAGGACGUUUAUAAGUAAAGGUCUAAUACUAAGCAUCCAGCUUCUCAGCACAGAAAUGACAGAGACUGUUAAACAUGUACAGAUGACCAGAUGAAGAUGGUUGAAUCAUACAGAGAUAUGAAGAACCACAGUAUGCUCUGUAUUAUAUCUUCAGCAUGAUUAAAACCAGGAUGAAACAGAUGAUGUUGAUGACAUGAUACAGAACACAAGAUGAGUGAAGGUGAAUAAACGUACAAUUUAACAGCUGGAAUUGUUCAGAUGCCAAAAACACACACGUCUGUGUUGGACGGGUGAAGACCUCUUGUGGCCAUGUGAAGCACAGACAGGAGUAGUUUUGACAUUGUUGCUAAGUGUGGCGUCAGAAAACAAUUAUAUGGCUCAUUUUGGAGGGAAAUGACAUAUUCUGUUGUUUGGUUUCUAGGACCUGUUGGUUUCAGCAUUACAUAGAUUUCAUGUGAGAUGAAUCCACUGGUGUUCACAGCGCAAAAAAAACUGCUCAGCAUCUCCUUUAACGUCCAGAUACUGACUGACUGUCAGACGUUACAAACUGUAGGAAACAAUAUUUUCCCAGUCUAGAAUACUGGUUGUAAUGUACUGUAUAUGUUGUGUAAGUACUGUAUAUGUUCAAUUCAACUUUGUAUGAGUUGCAGUGUAAGAAUCAUGAGGUAUGAGCCUCAUCUGCAUGUACUGGUGCAUUCUUUUGUAAUAAUUGCAGAGACCAUCAGUUACUUUUACCUGGAGCAAAUCUGACAAGUUUGCAUUUGGUAAAGUAAAACAUCAGAGCCCAAACACCGAGUUCUCUGUGGGAAAAAAACAAUACAUUUCUUUAUUUCAGCUUUAAUUUUAUUUCUGGCAUGAAUGAGCUUUAUUUGUAGAUGCACAUUUUCUCUCUUCAUUCUGUUGUAGAAAAAACAGAGGAAGAAGAAUCUGCACAGAAAGGAUCUGAAUGUAUUUUCCAUGCAAACUGAUAGAUUCUCCAGUUAUGUUUUAUAGAGUUUGAGGAAUGGCAAACCAGGCCAACAUUGUUUAUAUUAUGUUUUCUUAGUUUCUCAUAAUGACUGUAAGAUAAUUUCAUGAUGAAUAAACAGGAACUCAUGAGCAAGAGUUUUUGAGGCGAUUUACCUUCUCGCCAAGAGAUCAGAGGAGAAGAUCAAUGUCUUGUCUGUACCCUAAAUAUGAAGCGUUUUUAUUUUGGUUUCUGUGCAGUUUUAACAAUCUGAAUAUUAGUCACAUUCAGAGCAGCUGGUGGGCUAAGUCUCCUAUUUGGAUAGAGCCAGCCUAGCUUUCCUCCCGUGUUCCCAGUAUUCAUGCUAAGCUAAGCUAAGCUAACUGGCUCCUGGCUACAUAGCUUCAUAUUUUGGGUAUAUACAAAUGAGUGGUCUGAACGUCUGACCAUCAACAAGAAAACAAAUGAGUGCAUUCACCAAAAUGUCAAACUAUUCUUUUAGGACUAUUAAUAAAGAGGGAGUGCUGCAGCUUUGCUUUACACUUCUGAUGAUUCAUCGUGCCCAGCCUGACACCAGACGCCGACAACCACAUGUGUAAUACACAUUUCCACUAAUUCAAAAAGAAAACCGAAUCCCAUUUAAAUAAUGGAUAAUAAGUAUACAGACUGCUCUUAAUGUUUUUUAAUGAAUCUUGACAAAAUAAAAACUUA